UCUCUCGGUGACCAACACAAGACGUGAGAGAAGAAAGCGCGAGACAGGAAGAGAAAACAAUGUGUGGCGGCGCCAUCCUAGCGCAGCUGAUCCCGCCGUCGGCGGGCCGUCCGUCGAAGCAGGCGGCAGCGGGCGGCCGGGCCCCGCCCACGAGCUCCAAGAAGGGCGGCGUGAGCAAGAGCCGCCACAGCAGCACCCCAGAUGCCGACGACGACGUCUUCGAGGCCGCCUUCGAGGACUUCGAUGACCACUUCGACCUGCGGGCGGAGGAGGACGGCGGCGACGACCAUGUCGUCUUUGCAUCCAAGCCUGCCUUCUCUCCACGUCCGGCCUACGACGGUGGCCGCGCGGCGCAUGCGGCGAGCAGGAAGAAGCGCACCGGCCACCUCCAUGGCAUCCGGCAGCGGCCGUGGGGCAAGUGGGCGGCGGAGAUCCGCGACCCGCACAAGGGCACCCGCGUCUGGCUCGGCACGUUCGACACGGCCGAUGAUGCCGCCCGGGCCUACGACGUCGCCGCCCGUCGCCUCCGUGGCAGCAAGGCCAAGGUCAACUUCCCCGACGCGGCCAGGACCGGGGCUCGCCCGCGCCGCGCCAGCCGUAGAACCGCGCAGAAACCGCAAUGCCCCCCUGCGCGGACGACGGCGUACUCUGCCACCGCAGCAGCACGCGCACAGCCGGAGCAGGACGCUAUGAUGGUCAAACCCGAGCUGAUGGAGUUUUUCAACGUGGACGCCAUCGUCCACCUGACCACUGCCGUCGCCGCGCUACCGCCUGUCACGGCGAGCACCUUCGCCGACACGAUGCCGAGGGUCGACGAGGACUCUUCUGUGGGGAGCGGCGGCGGCGCCAUGCUGGGGUUCGCCGACGAGCUUGGGUUCGAUCCGUUCAUGAUGUUCCAGCUACCCUGCUCGGACAUGUACGAAUCCGCCGACAGCAUCUUCGCCGGAGACGCUGUCAUCCCGGAUGCCCUCAGCGUGGACAGUGGCAUGGACGCCGUCAGCCUCUGGAGCUUCGACGAGUUCCCCAUGGACAGCGCCAUUUUCUGACGCUUUCCGUGUGAUGCACUGCACUCUGUUGGUUGUAAGAAUCUCCACCUGGCCUCUACGUAGUUCCUUGUAAAUGCCCGCGCACAGAACCUUGCUCAGACCAGAUUCUGUUUCUUGGCCAGGAACGAAAGGAAGGGUUGCUGCCGAUGCAUGAUUGCUUCCUCGAUGAACGCAGAUUCGAAAUGUAUUCUACUGUUUGAGUUUCUUGUUCGUCACACACUGUACCAAACUGUAUUGUACCCUAUCAUAAUUUCUGCUCGGUACCUCUCUGUACUGCUGGUACCAAACUGUAUUGUACUCUGUCAUGAUCUGUACUAGUCUUUGGUACUGCUGGUCAAUAGUCCUACGAAUUGAUCAUGUCGGCAGUGCCGUCUAUGAUUGUGCCUGUGGUUGUUAAUCCCAAAUAAGCUCGUGAACCUGGCUAUCUUGUGUGUAUGAGUCACCAACUCAUCCUGUCAUCUUGAGUUGGAUUAUGUAAUAAAGGUUGUAAUUUGCUGAAUUCA